GGUGCAGGUGGAGUUCUAUGUGAAUGAAAACACCUUCAAGGAGAGGCUGAAGCUUUUCUUCAUCAAAAACCAAAGGUCAAGCCUGAGAAUCCGCCUGUUUAACUUCUCACUGAAGAUCCUCACCUGUGCCCUCUACGUACUGAGAGUGAGUCUGGAUGACCGCGAGGAUGUCAACGGCGACCCAUGUGCAAAAUGUCAGAAUAACAGUACAGCAGACUCGGCAGAUAUUAACUGGUGUGUGAUUUUCUGGGUUACCAGACGGGAGCCUGUAUGGGCGAUACAGGUGACAGUGGCCUUAAUCAGUUUCUUGGAGACCAUGCUAAUCACAUAUCUCAGCUACAAGGGUAACAUUUGGGAGCAGAUCUUCCAGAUUUCCUUCAUAUUGGAGAUGAUCAAUUCAGUGCCAUUUAUAAUCACAAUCUUCUGGUGUCCAUUGAGAAACAUAUUCGUUCCUGUAUUUCUCAACUGCUGGCUAGCCAAAGGUGCCCUGGAGAACAUGAUUAAUGACUUCCAUCGUGCCAUCCAGAGGACUCACUCUGCCAUGUUCAACCAGGUGUUCAUCCUCAUCUGCACCUUACUGUGUCUGGUUUUCACCGGAGCGUGUGGGAUCCAGCAUCUAGAGCGAGCCGGGAAGCGCCUGACCCUGUUCGACUCGUUCUAUUUCUGCAUCGUUACCUUCUCCACAGUGGGCUACGGGGAUGUCACGCCACAAAUCUGGCCCUCACAGCUGCUGGUGGUCAUUCUCAUCUGUGUUGCCCUGGUGGUUCUCCCACUGCAGUUUGAAGAACUAGCAUACCUGUGGAUGGAGAGCCAGAAGUUAGGAGGGAACUACAGCCGCCACCGGGCACAGACGGAGAAGCACGUGGUGUUGUGUGUCAGCUCGCUGAAAAUUGACCUCCUGAUGGAUUUCCUCAACGAGUUCUACGCUCAUCCCAGACUACAGGACUACUAUGUGGUGAUCCUGUGUCCAACAGAGAUAGACAUUCAGGUUCGCCGUAUCCUGCAAAUCCCUUUAUGGUCCCAGAGGGUCAUCUACCUGCAGGGAUCGGCCCUGAAAGACCAGGACCUGAUGAGGGCCAAGAUGGACGAUGCUGAGGCCUGCUUCAUCCUCAGCAGCAGGAAUGAGGUCGACCGAACUGCUGCUGAUCACCAGACUAUUUUGAGGGCUUGGGCUGCAAAAGAUUUUGCUCCAAAUUGCCCUCUGUACGUCCAAAUUCUCAAACCUGAAAAUAAGUUCCAUGUUAAGUUUGCAGAUCAUGUAGUAUGUGAGGAGGAGUUCAAGUAUGCCAUGUUGGCGCUGAACUGUGUGUGUCCCGCCACGUCUACCCUGGUCACACUGCUGGUUCACACCUCCAGAGGACAGGAGGGGCAGCUGUCCCCGGAGCAGUGGCAGAGGAUCUACGGACGCUGCUCUGGAAACGAGGUCUACCACAUCCGCUUGUGUGACAGCAAGUUUUUUGGGGAAUAUGAUGGAAAGAGCUUCACCUACGCAUCCUUCCACGCCCACAAGAAGUACGGUGUGUGUUUAAUCGGAGUGAAGAGAGAGGACAACAAGAGCAUCCUCCUGAACCCCGGCCCCCGCCACAUCAUGGCCGCCCCCGACACCUGCUACUACAUCAACAUCACCAAGGAGGAGAACUCUGCCUUCAUCUUCAAACAGGAAGAGAAGCACAACAAGGGCAUACCCGUCAGCGGCCUCUACGACGCCCCCUCCAGACUGCCCGUGCACAGCAUCAUCGCCAGCAUGGUUGAUCAGGCCACUGCAUAUGGCACUGUGGCCAUUGAUCUCCAGAACCCCAGUCCUCCCGAGGAAAGCAGCAAGCUGACCUUGCCGACGGAGAACGGCGCUGGAAGCCGCCGUCCGAGCAUCGCGCCCGUCUUGGAGAUCGCAGACUCCUCCGCCAUCCUGCCCUGCGACCUCCUCAGCGACCAAUCAGAGGACGAGAACAAUCAAUCAGACGAGGAGGGAUCCGUAGGCUCAGAUUUUGUGAAGGGUUACCCUCCCAACUCACCCUACAUCGGCAGCUCCCCCACUCUGUGCCACCUCCUGCCACAGAAAGCUCCAUUCUGCUGCCUUCGCCUCGACAAGGGCUGCACACACAGCAGCUUUGAGGAUGCCAAAGCAUACGGCUUCAAGAAUAAGCUGAUUAUAGUGUCUGCAGAGACGGCGGGAAACGGUCUCUACAACUUCAUCGUCCCUCUGCGCGCCUACUAUCGGCCCAGGAAGGAGCUCAACCCCAUAGUGCUGCUGCUGGACUACCCGCCAGACAACCACUUCCUAGAGGCCAUUUGCUGCUUUCCAAUGGUCUACUUCAUGGCUGGCACCAUCGAUAACUUGGACAAUCUGCUCCAGUGUGGAAUAAUCUACGCCGACAACCUGGUGGUUGUGGACAAGGAGAGCACCAUGAGCGCUGAGGAGGACUACAUGGCCGACGCCAAGACCAUCGUCAACGUCCAGACUAUGUUUAGGCUGUUUCCCAGCCUCAGCAUCAUCACGGAGCUCACACACCCGUCCAACAUGAGGUUCAUGCAGUUCAGAGCCAAGGACUGCUACUCGCUCGCGCUCUCCAAACUGGAGAAGGUGAGCUGUGGAGAAAUAGAGCGUGAUAAGGGCUCCAACCUGGCCUUCAUGUUCCGGCUGCCCUUCGCUGCAGGCAGGGUGUUCAGCAUCAGCAUGUUGGACACACUGCUGUACCAGUCGUUUGUGAAGGACUAUAUGAUCGGUAUAGCGAGGCUUCUUCUGGGUCUGGACACCACGCCAGGCUCUGGGUACCUCUGUGCUAUGAAGAUCACAGAGGAGGACCUGUGGAUCAGGACCUAUGGCAGACUCUUCCAGAAGCUUUGUUCCUCCAGCUCUGAGAUCCCCAUCGGGAUCUACCGCACCGAGUCCCACAUGUUCUCCACCUCAGAGGGAAAGGACAGUUAUGCACAGUCUCAGAAUUCCAUCAACGUGCCGCAGGGCGAGGAGCAUCGAGAGCGCGGAGAGUCCUGGAAGGAGAAGAAGGCCCACAGGAACUCCACCACCAGUGACCAAUCAGAGCACCCGCUGCUGAGGAAGAAGAGCAUGCAGUGGGCGCGGCGGCUGAGCAGGAAGAACGUGAAGCCGUCGAGCCGGGCGGAGCGCAUCUCACAGCAGAGACUCAACCUGUACCGACGCUCAGAGCGCCAGGAGCUGUCGGAGCUGGUGAAGAACCGCAUGAAGCACUUGGGCCUGCCCACCGUGGGAUACGAGGAUGUUUCUAAUCUCACUGCGAGCGAUGUCAUGAAUCGAGUAAAUCUAGGAUAUUUGCAAGAGUUGCAGGACAUUUCAGAGCACCCGUAUUCAGAGGGGACCAAGCCGUCAGGGCCACAAGCAGACGAAAUGAACGACCACCAGAACACGCUGUCCUACGUCCUCAUCAACCCUCCUCCUGACACCGUGCUGGAGCUCAACGACAUUGUGUACAUCAUCCGGUCCGACCCGCUGGCUCACAUGCCCGAGGAAUCCCAGACGGGGCAGCCCCGCAGGAACCAGCAGGACUUUGUCUCAGAGACGAGAGACGAGACUCACCUCUGAAGCCCCUCAGUCCCUGACACCCUGACACUUUAACCCCGGAGAGCAUGUUCCUCUCUCAGAGCAAGGACAGCGGCCCAUCCUGAAUCCCCAUCAUGUGUCUCUCAGAUCAGAAAAAUAAUCAACAUUUAGAAAAAGAUGAGAAAGCUGCUGUUUCCCACUGAGCUGCUACCGGAGGAUGCAUGAAGAGUGCCUCGUCAUCGACCCCCCCCCUCUCGCACACCUCUGUACUCGCACACGCCCCCCUCGCACCAGGAACAGGAAGUGGAUCACUGAGGGAUGUUUUGAGAGGUGUUUAGACGUGCACACACUGUACAUGAUAUUAGAACAUUUCACUCAGGGGUGAAGUCGCCCACUUCCUCUACGCCCUUUUCUCACUACGAAAAUAAUCCAGAGGCAACUGCAUCCUCCGCCACAUCUUAAUCGCAUUCUUACAAGUAAAUGCUCUGAGUUUCUAUUGAUUCUAUUAAUUACGUCUGCUAAAAACAGACAUUUCCAUUUUCUUUAUGAGCACAAACUUUUUUAUCUAAAUAUACUCUAUAGUGGCACUUUUUUUGGCCAUAUUAGAAUUGUCAGCAUUUUUCUCUGUUGUGUUUUGGACACUGAUUUUUGUUGUGAUUAUUGUUAAAGAAUGAACAUUGUUAAUUUAUUUCACUAUUUUAAGUGUCCCAUUUGAUGUCUGCUAUACAGAAUGUGCCAUUCUUUAGUUGACUGUUUUUCUUUGUAAAUAUCUUUACAAUGAUUUGUACAUUACGUGCCAUUUUGCAUUUUUUUUAUGAUAUCAUUGUUUGUUUUGUUUAAGAGCCUGACUGAUUUUAUUUUCCGGGCAAAUAUAUAAUCCUGUUGAAAGUUGAAAUGUCCAGGUGGCUAUUUUAACAAAAAUCAAUUUACGUAUUUCAAGUUUGCCCACAAAAUGAUCUACUUUUGUUUAAUAUAUUUUUAGAGUCUUAUUUUUCUUAGCUUAAUUUAUGUAUAAUCAUGUGUUCUUUCAUUUAUAGUUGUAUUGAACUGUACACACGUUUGUCGACAUAUCUUGGUCACAACUCUAAUAAUCACAUUUUAAAAGAAUAGUUUUACAUUUCUGAAAAAAACAUAUCUUGAGUUGACACCAUUAUCAUAAUUAUAAAGCUAAAACCAGAAGGAAAUGAGUUUAGCUUAGCCUAAAAGCUAAGGUAAUGAAAGCAGGGGGCAACAGCUAGCAGGACCUCGCAAGCUUUGAUUAACAAGUUGUUUUCUCGGUUAAAUCUUUACAAAAACAAUGUAAAGUGGAUUUUUUGAUUUACAUUUUACACUUUUGUGCUUCUUAAACAAGCUAUUUAGUGUUACUUAGUGAUGUUAGGAGGCGCUUUCAUUCUAGCUGUUUCCCUCUGUUUUCAAUGUUUAUGCUAACUUCCUCCUGGCUGUGGCUUCAUAAUUGCCAAAAAACAUUGACUGGUAUUUUUAUUUAUUUAUUAAAGCUAGAAAGAAUA